AUGGGACGGAUAAGUUAUCUGGUGUUUAGCGUGUGUCUGCUACAAGCCGCGCUCGCGGUCAAAGUUAAGGUGGUGAUGCACUCCGACCAGGAGGACUCCAAGAUGGAAGAGGACGAGGGCGGGCACACGGAGCCCUGGGACCACAAGAAGAGACUCGACGUCACCAUGAUGCCGUUCAUCAAGACCCGCAAGCACGCCGAUGAUAAUAAACAUAUAGAGUUAGACGAUGAAAAGCCUACCACUGAGAAACCAAAACAGCAACACCCAAACGAAAUGAUAUUUCCAUUAAUUUACCGCCAGAGCCAUGUCAACAGCAUGUUUAAAUUCGGUGAAAAUUGGUAUACUUGGUCGACUGAGAAAAGAACUGAUGGUUCAAAAGCAAUUAAUUACUACCUAUGCUAUGAUGAACCCAAACGUUGUGACGACAUAGGCUGGGAACGGACGGACGCGCUACCAAAAUGUGCGUUCCAAAUCGACUCCCUGCUACCAGAUGACCGAGCCUGCAUCAACAGUUUCGGCGUGGAACCCCGUUCAGGAGGCAUCUGUGACGGUGCUGAACAGAUGAAAGUUGCUGAAAUGGUACGUGCAUGUGGGCCCCGUAUUCGUUCCUUGUGGCGUUUUGUUCGCAUUGGACGCCGGCCCGCCAAUGCCGCUAAGCCUGCUGACGUCAAUUCACUUAUUUGUGAAGACGAGGAGGAAUGCUUUAUAACAAUUGAAUAUAGGAUACAUCAUGACCGAAUCACAUUUUCUCUGCAUGAGCCAACACGAGGACAGACUUUUAAGAGCGUUUUAAAACGCGAGGUGGCAGCAGAGGAAGAAAAGGUUUCGCCAGUAACCGAAGUGCAACCUCGAGUUGUGCAUCGGAGUAAAAAGGUAACGAAGGCAGAGGAACCGGCCAGGAGUGGCAAUAAGAAGUUCCGCGUAAACAUUAAAAGCAAAGCAGAAGGAAAAGGGGUCGUGAAGGAAAGGAACGACUCCGGCGCCUAUGCAAACCGAAGACCAGCCAAGAACAAAAUAAAGGUAAGAGAAGACCUCUCUGAAGAUAUUUCUGAAUAG